AUGUCGUCUGACAACACAGCUGGUGUAGAACAGUCGUCAUCUUCAAAGAACGAUAAUGCGAGAAAAAUCGCUUGGACAGUUAUUGUCAUUACUGCGUCUGAUCGGGAAAGUGCUUAUGCAUUUGAUUUCAUUCUACGGCAAAGGCAACAUUAUGGUUUAAUAGAUAAGUCAACCAUUUUAUUGUCCGUAAAUGAUCCGCAAGAUAAACUGGGAAGUGGUGGAGCAACAUUAAAUGCAUUGUUAGUAGCCACGGAACAUCUCAGUGCUAGAGCUGGUUAUUCUGUUGUGAAUACCAAUGUUUUACAUUCGGCUUAUAUAUUGAUUCUUCAUACAGGCCAGACAUUUCCUUAUGAUGCUUGUCAUCGUUCGUUAGCAACGUUACCUGCUCGAUUCGGUCCACAUCGUCCAUGGUUAUUGACAAAUUUAGAUUUACUUUUACAUGAUUUUAAUAAUCUGAUUGUUUCAAGUCAAUUACCGUGUGGUGUAUGGGUUAGUAGUACCAAUGCAUUUGUGACGUUACCAAAAAGUAUUCAAAUUCCAUCGGACAGUGAUAUUCACGCCCUGGCAACAUUAGAAGAUGUUCAAUAUGCUUCGAGACAUGGUGUUUAUAUAAUUGAUAAAGAAAAUAAUGUUGUAACAAAUAUUUUGUAUCAAGUAUCAACGGAUAUUUUGAAUAAAUAUGCAAAUGAGGAUAAUCGAAUCCCGAUUAUCAGUAGUAUCGUUUAUUUUUCAGUUCAAUUUUCCGAGAAACUUAUAAAAUUUCAUCGUACACCUCCGCUAGAUGGUUGUACAUAUGAAGGAAUUGAUAGUGGUUCCCAACCUAAUCAAUUGUCAUUGUACUUCGAUUUCCUGCUUGCGGCGUGUAGUGAUAUUUCAUUUGAAGAAUAUUUAUCAAUUCAACACCAGAAUCCCACGAACGAAUUGGUUCAGCAAUCGAAAAUAUUCCUUUGGAAUCAAUUAAACAGCAAAACAAAAUUUACCUGCGGAGUUCUUCCACCUGCCUGUCACUUUCAAUAUAUUGAUAAUCGUUGGCCCUAUUUGACCAAUGAAAAUAUUCAUUGCAAACGUGACGAUAUUCAAUGGUUAUCAAUUCAACACUCACUAAUCGGUCAAAAGCGAGUUCAACAGAGCAAUCACUCCAUAGUUAACAGUAUCAUUUCCACUGACUGUCAUCUAGGUGAAGAUGUUACAAUACAAAAUUCGAUUAUCGGUGAUCGAGUUACGAUAGGAGACAAUUCUUGUGUACAAUCAGUCGAUUUUUCGAAAGAAAAUUUUCAUUUGACCAUUCCAUCGGAUAUGAUCAUUCAACGAAUUAUUCUAUCACUUCAAACAACAGGAGAAUUUGCUACGAAUCAAAUCGAUAUUUACACGAUUAUUGGUGUACAUGAUAAUGUCGAUCGGAUGUUUACCGAUGAGAAAUUCACGAUUCUCAACAUGCCAUGGAAGACUUUUCAAACGCAAACAGGUAUCGACAUUUGGGAUCUAUGGCCAAAUUUACAAAACAUGCCGGAAAAACGGACAUUUGCAAACGCUCGUCUCUAUCCCGUCUUACAUUUUAAUAACAUAUCAUCGUUAACUGAGGAUUUACUUUGGUUUUUCAAUCCAUCUGCUCGUUUACAUCAACGAUGGAAAUCCUCCUGGCGUUUGUCGCUAACCGAAAUUUUGAUUCGUGCGGAUCUUCACAAAGAAAUUCUCCGCCGCCAAAAUCUAUUCCACAAAAUUUCUCAACAAAAAAUUCUCGAUUUGUUGUACCAAACAGGACGAAAACAGAUCAAUGAUGAUUCCUACUUGAUCCUAUUGAAACAAAUUGUUGCCGAUGGACAUGGUCAAGAUAUGCUUGAAACAUUCGAUCGAGCAUGUUUAGUAAAUCAUGACAAUUUACAAGUUCUGUCGUGUUUAUUCUCCGCUAUUGCGAAUACAUUAGCCGAAAUGGCAGGUGGCGAUCGUGUUGGUCUCCGGUCGGGACCGUAUUUGAAUCGUGAAUGGCAAUAUGCAUUUCUGAUGUUUGAAGAAGGAAAAUAUCUGUUAGGAAUUCAACAUUUGAUAAAACAAAGACAAUUGUGGACUGAUCGACCCGAUGUUUUAAUACGUGCUGCUCGGCAUUACGACGGUGCAACGCAAACAUUAAUCAAACAAGGUGUAUUAACUUGUCGCUCGAAAUGUCAUAUUGAACACUUUCAGAAGUCAAAUUUAUUUCAAUUUAAACAUCGACAAGUUGUCGUGGAAUGUCCCGUUCGUUUGGACUUGUCCGGUGGAUGGACUGACACACCUCCGAUUUGUUAUGAACAUGGCGGCAAUGUAUUAAAUGUGGCAAUUACAAUAAAUAACCAACGACCAGUUGGUGCACGCGCACGUCUAGUUGAAUCAACAGCAACACCUUAUGUUACAUUUAUUCUCAAAGGUGAAAAUGAGAAAGAUGAUAAAAUCUACGAGUUUCAUACCUUAGAACAAUUUACUGAUUAUAAUCAACCGCAACGUCCUUGUGCAUUACUGAAAACUUGUUGUAUUUUUACGGGAAUUAUUGAAAUCAAUACGAAUCAGGAGAUGUCCUUGGGUGAACAAUUGAAAAAGAAGUUAGCAGAUUAUAAUUUAGUUCUCGAAGCUUGGUCUAACGUUCCUGUGGGUUCCGGACUCGGAACGAGUUCGAUUCUAGCCGGAGCAAUUCUUCUCGCACUGUGGCAUUUGAUUGGCGUUGAAAAUAUUACUGAUAGUAUGGUCAUUCAUGGUGUUUUGGUUGUGGAACAAAUGAUGACAACCGGUGGCGGUUGGCAAGAUCAAAUUGGAGGUUUGUUACCAGCAUUCAAAUUAGGAAGAUCGAAUGCACGAUUACCAUUGGAAGUCGAAUGGCGACUGUUGAAUGUUGAAAAUAAUCAGAACACGUCGUUCUGGAAUGAUUUCGAUCGAAGAAUUAUACUUGUAUAUACGGGUCAAACACGUUUAGCACGGAACCUACUACAAUCAGUUCUAAGAAAUUGGUAUUCAGGUACGAUUAGUCAUUUAUUCGAUGAAUUAGAAGAGAAUGCAUUGCAAGCUGCUGAGGCAAUUGAACAAGGAAAUCUAUCUAAAUUGGGUCAAUGUAUGUCAUUGUAUUGGCAACAAAAACUGCGUGUUGCACCUGGCUCAGAACCAGAAACAUGUCGUCGAUUAAUCGAUCUACUGACGCCUUAUAUUUAUGGAGUGACAUUAGCUGGUGCUGGUGGUGGUGGAUUCCUCGCUGCACUCGCGAAAACUGAGAACGAUGCUCACCAAUGUGAAGAAUUAGUUAGUAAAGAAAAUAUUCCAAAUGUUGUGCUUUAUUCCGCUCGUAUCGACCGGCAUGGACCAGUUAUUUCAUUUUCGUGA